AUGGAAGGAAAAGAACAGAAGAGAAGAGACGGCAACGACGAUGGCCUUGUGAGACUCGAGAUAAAGGUCCGCAAUACUCUUCACUUAUUCGUGUUGUGUAAGGCGCCACCUCAUCCUAUCUGUGUCGCAACCAAGGCAGUACAGAUGGAUGUCGGGUACAGUCGUGAAUGCUGCAGACAGUCAAAUAUCGGCAGUCAGCCCAGCGCAAUUGGAGGUGGAAAUAACGAAUACAAAGAACCUACGGGCGCCGCGGGAUGGAGUUGGAUGGCUGGCGUCCUUCAAUGUCUCCCCACAGUACAAAGCGCAAAAGCUGGCUCCAAGCCUACCCCGCGUAACCGGCAUAAUCAGGCAUGUGGGAACUCGAUUACCCUGCAUCUCACCGACCCGACCUUACCAUCCACAUCACCACCCAACCGUAACAUCGUGAAGAAGCACGUCAACCUCGAGAAAGGAAAACUUUUCUCUCCUGGACAUUCCAGCCUUUCCUUAAAGCAUCUUGGCGGCCUACGCUACGGUAGAUUUGUGAAAGUGAAACCUCCGAAGCCUCUUUUCACUUUCCGAGGCAAUAUGGACGUCUAUCACCCACAAUCACCUUCCACUAUCACCGUCACGCCAAGGCCGUGGUGCUCGCUAAUCUCUCGUUUCUGGAAGCCUAUUGCAGCCCUAUCGGUAUCAGACAGCCACGGAUUCGCCAACCACUGUCACAUCGGGUGGGCCCGUUGGUUGAUCAGAACGCCAAUCUUUCGCUUUAUCAGAAGCACCGUGGGUGGCAAGUCGUAA